AUGGUUUCACUUACAGCUAAUACCAAACGUAAGCAGCCAACUGAAGUCUCCGGCCCUUCGAAAAGGGCUAAGCGCUCAACUUCCUCGAGGAUCCUAAGCUCGUACCAAAGCUUACCGGAUGUGAAUCUGCGUCCCGGCCAGAGCUCUGAUGUGAUGCUGGUGUUUGUAUGGGGAACUGGAUCAAUGUGUGAGUUAGGACUCGGCCCCAAUGCGCUGACAAAGGAAGUCAAACGUCCAAGACUCAACCCAUUCUUGGCUCCAGAAAAUUUGAAUGAUACUGGGAUCAUUGAUUUUGCUGUUGGGGGGAUGCAUGUAUUGGCCUUAGAUUCUAAAAAUCGGGUAUGGUCCUGGGGAAAUAAUGACAACAAGGUCUUGGGUCGUGAUACAACCAAAGCAAAAGAGAAUCUCAAAUCCGUCGAUGACUCCGAUUCCGAGGACGAAGAUGGGGACUUAAAUGAGGCAGAGUCUACGCCUGGCCUUGUUCAGAAUUUACCCAAUAAUAACGAAAAAAUUGUCCAAUUGAUUGCAACGGAUAAUCUAAGUGGUGUGCUUUAUGAAAACGGAGAGGUGUACACUUGGGGUACAUUUCGAGGGAAUGAAGGGUUGAUGGGAUUUGACAAGAAUAUCGCAAUCCAAGACACUCCUUGUAUUUCUCCUUCGUUAAGAAAUGUUGUACAACUUGCAGGCGGUAAGGACCAUGUAUUGGCUUUAGAUUCCAAGGGUAUUGUUUACGCCUGGGGUAAUGGCCAGCAGUUCCAGCUUGGGCGAAAAAUACUAGAGAGACACAAGAUGUCUGCUCUUCUGCCACAGCAAUUUGGUCUCUAUGAUAUAAAGUACAUUGCAUGUGGUGACUACCAUUGUUUUGCAAUCAGCACUAACAAUGAGGUAUUUGCAUGGGGACUUAAUCAGUAUGGGCAGUGUGGCGUAGCAGAUGAUGGGCAGCUUGAAGACGGCUCGCUUUUGAUGAAACCCACAAAAGUGGAAGCCUUAUCUGAGAUUAAAUUGAAGUCAAUCGUUGGUGGAGAGCAUCAUUCUCUCGCGUUAACAGAAGAUGGCCAAGUCCUUGCUUGGGGCCGAAUUGAUAUGCAAGAGUUGGGAAUUCCACCCGACCGCUUACCUAAGUACACAUUUAAGGAUGCUCAUGGCAGAGCAAGAUCUAUUCCUCGGCCUACUUUAGUUACCAUUGGUAAGGCUGAUCAUCCAAAGAUAAAAGCUAUUGGUACAGGAUCCCACCAUUCGUUCGCCGUAACAGAAGAUGGUGUCGUUUAUUCGUGGGGCUUUGGCGACACAUAUGCUCCUGGCCUUGGACCUCUUGAUGAUGAUGUAAAGGAGCCCACGAGAAUUUAUAACACUGCCACAAAAGCGAUUGAUAUCUCCAUGAUUAGUGGCGGCGGUCAGUUUUCGGUGAGCGGUGGAAGAAGUAUAUCUUCUGCGCUGGCAGCCGAACGGCUUGAGAAGUAUGAGGCCAUUGACGGCUGA